AUGGAUAAAAUAGAAAAAAUAUAUGACUACAUCAGAGAAAAAGGAAGCAAAUAGUUAUUCAUCCUAAUCUCGAUACAAAUGUCAUUCCUAAUAAUAUCAUGCGUCACCUUUAUUAUACUUGAAAACAAUUAAACUGAUGCAGAAUACAGAAGAGAAAAUUUAUACAAAUGGUUGAUUUUAUUAUUGUUUAGUUUAUCCUAAUACUAUUAUGCCUGGCAUUCAAUUAUCAAGAAAAACAUGUUAGAAUUGCUUGCUUAUCUAAUAAUAUCUAUAUGCACAACCACAGCUAGUACAUUACGCUAUUUCUACAUCAGUAUGAAUGAAGAAUUAGACCACAAAAUAUUGGUUUAAAGUGUUUGUUACAUAUAUAUUGUUUUUUCAAUAUUUGUGCAAAUUGUGGGAUUGAUUUCUUAUAAAUACUUCUUAGAAGCCUUCAGAGAUGAAAUAUUUAAAAAAAUAGGAGCCUCUGUGAAUGAGUAGAAUAAGUUUAAAUGGUUUACUUCAUUUGAAUGCCUUCUAGAAGUUUAUGCUUAAUUAACACUUUUGAUCUUUGUCACUUUCUUUUUUUUCUUUGAUACUUCAAUAGAUGACUAGAAAUAGGUUCACCUUAUUGCAGAUAUCUGUGCAAUAGUAAUAAUUAUAAUUGGAUUUGCCAUUGGUUAUAUAGGAGUGAAAAAAAGACAACUCAAAUUAGUCUAUUUAUAUUUUGGAGUUGCCUUCCUAAUUUGCAUUGCUGAGAAUGUCAAACUGUUUUUAUUUUUAUAGUAUUAUGAUUAUUAAUUCGAAAAAAUACAUUUAGAUUGGGCAACAUUUUCAAUAAUCACAAUAGUUUUCUCUAGCAGCAUAAUUGUGUUGGGAUAUAAUUUCUAUUAUGGAUAUAAAUGUGUCUAGUUGAAAUUGAUGGAUAUCAAGACUUUUGAUGCGGAUAAAAAUUCGAACGAUCAUUUUUUAUCAUAAUAUGACUACUGA